AUGGCUGGCGGGGUGAAGAAACCCGUAAACGUCUUCAAAUUGAAGAACUUGGACGUACCCAAAGAGGUUUUCAAUUGGAAGCUCUGGUUUGCGGUUCUCUCCUUCUCCCUUCUCGGCGCCGCCCGUGGUGUCGACGAGGGCCUCAUCAGCGGAGCCUUCAACAGCAAACACUUCCAGCAGACCAUCCACUACGACUCAUACAGCAAGGUUGAACAGGCAAACAUCAAGGCAAAUGUCUCGGCUAUGGUCCAGAUCGGCUCGGUUGGGGGUGCUCUGAUUGCGUUUCUCGUUUGUGACAAAAUCGGCAGAAUAUGGGCCACUCGCCAACUAUGUCUCCUGUGGAUUGUGGGCAUCGCCAUCUUCAUGGGGUCCAACGGAAAUCUCGGUGCCAUCUAUGCAGGCAGGUUCAUCGCAGGUCUCGGCGUGGGCCAGACGCCCGUUGUAGGGCCCGUCUACAUCGCAGAGAUUACCCCUGCGAGUAUCCGCGGUCUCUGCACUUGUCUCUUCACCGGCUUCGUCUACCUGGGCAUCGUCCUUGCCUACUUCACCAACUACGGGUGCCAGAUCAACCUGGGCGACACCACCGCCGUGCGGUGGCUCGUACCCACCAGCCUUCACAUCAUGUUCUCGGGUCUCAUCUGCAUCCUCACCCUCUUCCAGUCCGAGUCGCCCCGCUACCUCGUCAUGAAAGACCAGCACGACAAAGCGCUCACGACCAUGGCGCGCCUACGCAACCUCCCCCCACAGCACGACUACGUCGUCGCCGAAAUCAGCGCCAUCACCGCCGCGCACCGCGAGGAGACGGAAGCCACCAAGAACACAGGCUGGCUCGGGAUCCUGCGCGAGGCCUUCCUGGACCCGAGCAACUUCUACCGCGUGUCGCUCACCAUCGCGGCGCAGAUCCUGUCGCAGUGGUCCGGGGCGGGCUCGAUCACGCUGUACGCGCCGGACCUGUUCCACCUGCUGGGCAUCGCCGACACCAACACCAACCUGCUGGUGACGGCCGUGUUCGGCCUCGUCAAGCUCGUCGCCGCCGUCAUCUGCGCCCUCUUCCUCGUGGACGUCGUCGGCCGCAAGCGCUCGCUCCUGCUCGGCAUCGCCUUCCAGGCCAUCUCCAUGAUCUACGUGGCCGGCUUCCUCACCGCCAUGCCCCAGCUGAGUAUCAUAAGACGACGCGUGAAGCUGGUCGGGUCGGAGCUGGCGGCUUCGCGGGGUGCGGUGGCUAUGAUUUAUCUGUCGGGCUUUGGGUGGGCUCUGGGGUGGAAUAGCAUGCAAUACCUCAUGACAGCAGAGCUGUUCCCACUACGGAUCCGUGCUUUUUGCACGUCGCUGGCCAUGACGUUCCACUUUGCGAACCAGUACGGCAACUCGAGGGCCGUGCCAAACAUGUUGUUGCCCGUUGCCGAUGGUGGCAUCUCGCCUCAGGGGACAUUUUGGUUCUUCGCCGCGGUGACGAUGCUCGGCGGAUUGUGGGUGUGGUUCAUCAUGCCGGAGACGGCCGGGAGGAGCCUAGAGAGCAUGGAUCGUUUGUUCAGCUUGCCGUGGUACAAGAUUGGGAGAUAUGGCAACCGGGAGGCGGAUAUUGAGGACGAGAGGGAGAGACGGAGUGGUAAGCUGGAUGAUAUGGGGGUUGUUGAGGAGGUGGAGAUGAGCGCGGCGAGGAGUCAGGGGGAUGGCCACAGGGUGUGA